CUGCAGACGCUCWUAAUAGCAUAGUAGCUACGCUUCUAUGUUGUAAAAUUUGUCGUCGAUUUUGUUUACUUCGUUAUUUGUUUUUAUUUUACAUUGUUUGUUAAUUUUUCAACUAUGUCGAGUGUUCAAAAAAGAAAGCUAAGUAGCGARAAAUUUAGAAAUUUGGCACAAUGUUAAGAUCUUUAAUAUUAGUUAGAGGAUUACAUAUAUCCAGUGUAAACUUGUCAUCCAGCAAAGCACAACUUUUAAAAUUAAGAAAAAAAACUGGAUAUCCAUUUGAAAGCUGUAAAAAGGCUUUACAAUUAAAUGAAAACAAUUUAGAAAAGUCAGAGGCUUGGUUAAAAGAAGAAGCUCAAAGGCUAGGAUGGGCUAAAGCUAACAAACUUGCCAAUCGUGCUACAGCCCAAGGAGUUAUCGCAUUUGCAAUUGAUAAUCAAAAAGAAGUUGCUACUAUGGUGGAAGUGAAUUGUGAAACUGAUUUUGUUGCUCGUAACAAAUGUUUUCAUUCUGUUGUUGAAGUAGUCACUUCAUCUUGUUUAGAUUUUGCUAAACAACAAAAAGCCUUAGAGAACUCGUUUUCUAAGGUUAACUUAAAAAGUGGCGAUUUAAUGGAGUUAAGUGGUGCUGAAGGUAAAUCAUUAGCUGAUCAUGUUGCAGUUACAAUAGGUAAUCUUGGAGAAAACGUUACUCUUAGACGUGCCACUUGUUUAAACACUAGAGAUACUGGUUUGAAUAUUAUGGGUCUUACUCAUCCAUCUAAUACAACUGGAUCUCAAUUUUUUUCUGGUAAAUACGGAUCACUUCUAAUUUACCGUAAACAACAAGAUAGUGAAAAAAUUAAUCAAAAGUCUAUGGAGAGUUCUCAUGAUGAAAUUCUUCGUCAAAUGUGUCAACAUGUUAUUGGUAUGAAUCCUAAAUGUGUCGGAGUACUUAAUAUACACGAACCUAUAAAAUCUGAAAAAGUUGAGCCUGCUAAAACAUUCAAUGAAAAUGAUGAUUCAUCUUUGGAUAGUAUAGAUGAAAAAAAUUCAGACUCUACAAUUGAAGAAGAUGGCAUGCUUGAACAAGCUUUUUUAUUGGACCCAUCUAUAACUGUUGGACAAGUAGCAACYGAUUAUGGAAUUGAUGUACUAGAUUUUGUGCGCUACGAAUGUGGUGAAACAUAAUUAWUACAUUUCUGUACAUAUUAAGUAAUUUAAAUUCAAUUUUUGAUGAUGAUGUUCAACUGCUUUUUAUUAUAGUUCGACAAUACUAGA